AUGUCGUACGAGACGAUCUCGGUGCGAAUGAAUCGCAGCGAUCCGAAAAUCAGAUGGGGAUUCACGUUGCGACAACAAGGAGCCAAGCUCGCCGUGGCUACAAGUUCUUGUUCUCAAGAUAUCAUUGGGAAUUCUGUGAUCCAUCGACUUGUGGCCCUAUCUGGGUUCUUUCCUGGGAAUGAGUUCUGGAAUAUAAAGAACUACUUUAAAGUGCUGAACUUCUUACGAAAGGAACGCUUAUUUCUCUGUAACGAUGAACAGGCUGAGUGCUCAUUCGAAAGUUUAAUGGGAAAGGAAGAGAAACAUGAAGACGUUGGAACAGCUGUGGGAACAUGUAAUGUAGUCACAACACAUGUGGAAGUGAUGUUCCGUCUUCCUCAUGUCUUUUACGUUACAUCACACACAUGCCUUCCAUGGACGCUGACGGAGCAAGACAACAAACUGGUCGUGGACGAAGUGCGGCCGGGUUUCGGUACUGGAUUCGGCACGGGUUCCACCUUCGGAAAUCGUGCAGUCAAGCACUCGUCUCAAUACAAUUCAUCAUGGGAUAGAUCCUCAAGGGAACGAUCUAUCCCAAUACAGCAACAACGUACCAGCCAACAUGACAACUACACUUCUCGCAGGGGAACGGUUAUAUUCCUACUUAUUCCUCACAAGGCAAAACAAACUACGAAUCCGGAUCACGAGACAGCAGCCGAACUCACCAAGGAACUGUUGGUGCUGGUGGUGGCUACUCCUCAAAUAUUAAUCAAAAUUAUACUACCAAAUUCGGCAAUGAUCGCUAUUCAACACUCAAUCAUACAACGCCUGCUGCUCAAAAUUACAGGUGGAACUCGCAUCUACUACCAUUCACCUUCUCCUCGAACACGCCGUGAACUAGCUCCAAACGCUUCUAUUGAACACUUACUGCAUAGAACACCGGAAAAUGUCCAACCUGUAAGAUCGGCAUCGGCGACAGAGCAGUACAUUCACCAAUCAGAGCGUCCUACGGAAAUGUCGACCACUUUCCGUUCUCACUCACCUGCUUACUUGACAUCUGAAGCGAAGAGGUUGAUCGAAGAACAAGCGCAGGGAAGAGAUCACAGGGUCGCUUCGCCUUCAGCUCAAUCAUCAUCAUUCAAACGGAUCAGUCAAGCUGUAGGGCAACCGGUGAAAUAA